AUGGAGCCCUCCAUGCAAUGUGUCGGGGCUAUGACAUGGCUCCGACACCACGUUGACAAAAGAACCUCCAACACCGCCAACAGCAUCGACAACGAGCUUCACCCGGCGCUCGAGGAACCACGCAAUGCGCACAUAGCCCACGAUUACUGCACCGAAUCCGUCAACAUGGCUCACCCCCUUAUGCUCUCCAUCUUCCUCAUCGAGGUCGUCGUCCACCUCGUCAACGCCAUCGGAGCCAAGACGAUCAACAACCUGCUCUGGACGCUCAUCAACUUCCUCCCCGUCCCGACGGCCAAGGCGGCGGCCGAGCAGCGCAAGAUGCAGGCAGAGUACCUCAAGGUCCAGCGGGAGCUCAAGGCCACGAGCAGCCAGGACGAGUUUGCCAAGUGGGCGAAGCUGCGCCGACAGCACGACAAGCUGCUCGAGCAGCUUGAGAAGAAGAAGAACAGCAUGGCAGCCACACGAUCCAAGUUCGACACUUCCCUCACCGGAGCCCGCAUCGUCCUCACCCGCGCGCCGCAAUACUUCCUGCCAUUCUGGUACGCCACUGAGCCCAUGUUCUGGCUGCCGUACGGCUGGUUCCCCUACUACGCCGAAUGGAUCCUGUCGUUCCCUCGCGGACCCAUGGGGAGCGUCAGCAUCGCCUCGUGGCAGCUGGCCUGCACAGGAGUCAUCCUCCUCUUCAGCGACCUGAUCAUGGGUAUCGCGGGCCUGGUCAUGAACGCCAAGCAGCAGAGCAAGACCAAGGAGGCGCCCGUCAAGGCUCAGAGCGAGAAGGUCGAGACGGAGAAGAAGGAAUUAUAA